UCAGUAUUGUAUACUCGAUCCUCGAUUACGAUUAUUUUGCCCUAGCCGUGACUAUUUUUCCUUUCCCUCUCAUUUCUCUCGCACGUCUCCUUCUCUGAGCAUUGGCCUGGGCGGAGUUUGUAGCUAGCUAUGGUGGAAGUCGAAGAUGAGCUACUUCAAACUCUUCCUCUCUCAAUCACGGCGGAACCUUAACCUCAUUCACGGUGCUGCAACAUUGAUCGUGCUCCAUCUCCAUCCCGUCCGGUACAAUUUCACCUCUCCUCAACUUUCAGAUACUGAUUAAACUCAUUAACGGGGAAUUCUUUCAAUCAAAAUGGUUUCCAAGACUGUAGCCUCCGCCAUUUUCCCCUCUCUUUCGCCAGCUCCUUCGAAAGGCAAGCUCUCAUCUCUGUUUACGCACCCACAAAGGGUUGCAUCUUCAAAUCCCCAAAAUCCAUUUCCUAUUCCUGCCAAAUCCCCGCCUGUCCUCUCUAAACUGUUCAAAUCGACUGUAUCACCGGAAAUUUCGCCGGAAAAGUCAACUUCAGAGAUCUCGUUUCAAGAACGGCUUCGGACGUUCCUUCACAAUUGCAAGACAGGUAAUUUUACCGCAUCAGAAGGACUACAAUUCUUUGACCUAAUGAUGAGUGCAAAUCCUACCCCUGCCAUGGCUUCAUUCAAUCUUUUACUUGGUGGACUUGCUAAGAUUAAGCACUACUCUGAGGUUUUUCAGGUGUAUUACAGAAUGAGCUUAGCCGGACUUUUGCCUAAUUACAUCACGUUUAAUAUCUUGCUUAAUUGCCUUUGCAAUGUGAAUCGGGUUAGUGAAGGUCUAGCAGCCAUGGCAGGGAUUAUAAGGAGAGGUUAUACUCCCAAUAUAGUGACAUAUACGUCUUUGAUUAAGGGCUUGUGUAUGGAGCAUAGGAUUAGUGAAGCUACACGGUUGUUUAUGAGAAUGCAAAAGUUGGGUUGUAGGCCAAAUGUGAUAACUUAUGGGACUUUAAUCAAGGGUCUUUGUCAAACAGGUAAUACUAACAUUGCUCUUAAGUUGCAUGAAGAAAUGCUCAACGGGACUGGUCAUUAUGGCAUUAAUUGCAAGCCUAAUGUUAUUUGUUAUAGUACCAUUAUUGAUGGGCUCUGUAAAGAUGGACAGGAAGACAAGGCGAGGAAACUUUUUGAGGAAAUGAAAGCUCAGAGAAUGCUUCCAGAUGUGGUUUCUUACAGCUCUUUGAUUCAUGGAUUUUGCCAUAGUGGAAGGUGGGAGGAGGCUAAAUGUCUGCUCAAUGAGAUGGUGGAUCAAGGUAUUCAACCAAAUGCAGUUACAUUUAAUGUGUUGAUGGGUAUGCUUUGCAAGGUAGGGCAGGUUAUCGAGGCUAAGAAGUUGCUAGAGGUGAUGAUUCAAAGAGGUAAUAUUCCUGAUUUGUUUACGUAUAAUACAUUGAUGGAUGGGUUCUGUUUGGUUGGUGAUCUACAUAGUGCUAGAGAACUAUUUGAUAGUAUACCAAGUAAGGGGUGUGAACCUAAUGUGAUUAGUUACAAUGUGCUAAUCAAUGGGUAUUGCAAAAAUUGGAAGGUGGAAGAAGCAAUGAAGAUUUACAAUGAAAUGCUUCAAAUGGGCAUUAAGCCAUCUGUGAUAACAUAUAAUGCCUUGCUAAUGGGUCUUUUUCAGGCAAGGAAGGUUAAUGAUGCAAAGAAAAUAUUUGGGGUCAUUCAAGCUCGUGGUCUAGUGCCGAGUUCAUGUACGUUUAGUAUCUUUUUAGAUGGGUUGUGUAAGAAUGAUUGUUUGUUAGAAGCAAUGGAAUUCUAUAAUGAGCUGUCGUACAACUUGAAAUUAAACAUCGAUAUCUUUAAUUGUCUUAUCAAUGGCCUAUGUAAAGCAAGAAAACUUGAAACUGCUUGGGAGCUUUUCGACAAAUUUUCCCAUGAAGGGCUUCUACCAAAUGUUGUGACUUAUUCCAUUUUGAUCCAUGGGUGUUGUAAAGAAGGACAACUAGAAAAGGCAAAUGAUUUAUUUCGAAAGAUGGAAGAAAAUGGUUGUACUCCUAAUGUAAUUACCUACAAUACACUUCUAUGUGGUUUCUACGGAAGUAAUAAACGAGAGGAAGUGAUUGAGCUUCUUCAUAGGAUGGUUCAAAAAAAUGUGUUGCCAGAUGCUUCCACCUGCACCAUAGUAGUAAACAUGCUUUCUGAAGAUGAAAAGUUUCGGGGAUAUCUGAACUUGCUUCCAACAUUUCCUAUUCAAGAGUGUCGAGGUCAAUGGCAAUUCAAAGAUCUAUAUACUAAUAAGGGACUAUGCCUUGAAAAUUGACUUUGAAGCUCAUGAUGAAAAUUUUGAGUUCUCAUGAUGAAAUUUGCUUUGACUACUGCCUCACUUUUAUAUGGUUGUCAGCAAGAUUCAUUAUUCUUUUAGAUGAGAUAGUAGACUGAAGGCAUGGUGACCUUGAGGUUUUUGAUCAUCACAUAAUGAAGAUGUCCAAUAUCUCAUAAGUUUGUUAGACUGCUAAAUUUGUAAGGUCAAGUGGUAAUGUUGAUGUCAGGCUCAUUGCACGUGGAGAAGGUGGAGGACUUCUAAUAGUUUUUCUCUUAUAAAUGAACUUUGGGCGAGGUAGCAAGUUGGUGACACUGUUAAAGUAAGAUUAGCCAUGGCUCUCAAUAUGAUACAUAUCAGGGUUCAAGCUACUUCUCGAGGAUACCUCGAUGGUGCUCAAAUUAGUAGCAACUGCUUUGGAGCUUGCUCGAAGAAGAAGCAGGCUGCUCUACAACUUUAGUUCUCAAAGGGAACUUGGAGUUAGGGGCACCCAGUUAAAAAAGGUUUCAAUUAUUCAACAAUCACACAAGAAAAGGAUACAAGGCAAAGCUUCAAAACACUGAGACUGAGCCAGCUCGUUACCUCGGUGAUAAGGGUGACGAGUUCUCAUUAAUCUUGCUGAUGCUUGUGAUAUAAGCAAAUUAAUGUGAUGUCACUGGUGGUUGCAGACAUGUUGCCGGGCUUAUAGCAGGGGCAGGAGAAGAUGUCUAAAAGUGAUCCAUCAUCCUCUAUAUUUAUGGAAGACGAUGAGGCGGAAGGGAAUUUAAAGAUAAAGAAAGCAUUUUGUCUUGGUUCAUGGAGUUCACUGUGGAAUGAAAUGCAGAUCAUGGUGGAAAUAAAUACGUAUUAGGGUUCAAGCUAUUGUUCAAGAGCACCUCGAUGGAGUUCUUGUGGCUCUCGGUAUGGUACUUAUUAGGGUUCAAGCUACUGUUCAAGAGCGCCUUGAUGGAGUUCAAAUUAGAAGCAAUUACUUUGGUGCUUGGUCAAAGAAGCAGACUACUCUACAACUUUCGUUCUCAAAGAGGUUUACCCUAGAGCUAAGGGCACCAAUUUAAAAGAUAAGUUUCAGUGAUUCAACAGUCACACAAGAAAAGGAUACAAGCCUAAGGUGCAAAACACCAAGACUGAGCAGCUUGUUCUGCUAGGCAACAGGGGUCACAGGAGACCUAUUUCCAUAUUCCUUUGGCAAAUUUGACAUGAUAAAGAUUUGUGUACAUAUUGCUCAUUGGGUAAAUUUUGUGGCCAUGGUUUGGUGCGUUUCAUUGAGAUGGUUUGUAAAUAUUUUGGUUUAGCAUUUGUAAUACUACUUCACUUGAACAUGGAUCUUUUGUUGAGAUCCCUUUGAAUUAUGGAAGAGUAUGCGAGAUAGGAGUUCGAACCUCUGAACUUUUGAUCAAAAGUACAUAAUUAUUUAUGUUUAUUGAGUUAUGCUCAUGUUAGCU